AGCGCACACACAUAUCACCAAUCGCCUCCGAUCCCUUCUUUCCCCCAAUUCUCAUAUACACACACAUACAUAUCCUCUCUCUCUCUGUCUCUCUGUCUCUCUCUCUCUCUCUCUCUCUCUCUCUCUCUCACAAACAUCGAUUUCUCGAUCGCCGGGAAGCAGCGAUCUCUCCGAUUCGCGUUAGGUUUCCGGUGAAUUUUGCGGCGGCCAAUCGAAUUAGGGUUUGAGUAUCAGAUUUUGAAUUGAAAUUUGAUUAAUUAGGGUUUUAACAUGCCUCGGAGUUCGCGAACCAAAUCGCGCAAGCACAGUUCGAGAGAAGUCAGAGAUUACUCGGAUUCUGAAGAAGAUUUGAAACGGAAUGGUAAAGAAGAGGGUUCAGUUAGGGUUUCCAAGGAUUCGAUGUCAGGGGAUAAGCGCAAAGUCGCUGUAAAAGAUCUGGUAGGUCAUGGUAAUGGUGUUGAUGUGGCUGAUGAGGUUCUUGUUGUUUCGAAAAGGCGAAAGGACAAGGCUGAAGGUGGAGGAGGAAGUGAUAGGUGGAAUGCUGAUGCUCCGAAUGAUGUUUUUGUCGAUGUUAAAAUCGAGACUUUUAAUUCCAAAGCCAAAGAGAAAGAAAAAGUGUUGGUUGAUUCUUCGAGGAGUAAGACUGGGAGGAGACAUGAGAGUGAUAAAAAGGAUGAGCUUUUAACUGUGGUUGCGGAGGAGGAGAGUAAGAGUGGUAGAGUUGAGUCCAAACGCAAGGGCGACAAGGAGUAUGGGAGGAAGGAGUAUAAGGAGAAAGAGCGGUGGGAUAAGGAGAAACUGCUGGAGGAUGGGAAGGAUGCGGAAUUUACUAGGAAGCAUGGGUUGCAUUCUGUUGAUGUUGCUGAGGAACGACAUGGCAAGCGCAGUAGAGAAAAUAUUGAAGGUCCUGUGCAAGAUCAGCUUCGAAACCCGGAACUGGAGAAGGAACUGGAUAAGAGAAUAAGGAGGAGAGUAGAUGGUUCUAGUGACAAGGAUAAAUAUCAAGACGAUGCAAGAGAUUAUGAUGAAAAGCGGUCCUCGAAGGGUGACCGCUCCAAGGAUGUUUGGUCUAAGGAUGAGAGGCAUGGGGAUAAAUACAAUGAAGAGAAUGAAAAAUACAGCAGGCACAAGGAAGAUAAAUAUCGAGAGGAUAGCAAGGAUAGUAGAUACAAGGAUGCCAAAUAUAGGGAAGAGGGCGAAAAAGACAAUAGGUACAGGGAUGCUAAGUAUCGUGAAGAUAGUGACCGUGAUAACACAAACUGCGAUGACAAUUACCGUGAAGAUGGUGAUCGUGAUAAAAGACACAAGGAUGAAAAAUAUCGUGAAGAUGGUGAAAGAAAUAUCAGGCAUAGGGAGGAUAAGUAUCAUGAAGACGGUGUCAAAGAUGAUAGGCACAGGGAUGAUAGAUAUAGGGAAGAUGUUAAUAAAGAUAGCAGGCACAAGGAAGAAAAGCAUCGUGAAAAUGCUGACAGAGACAGAGAUGGUAAACGCAGGGAUGUGAAGCAUAGAAAUGAUAGUGACAGAGACAAGAGAUCUAGAGAUGUCAAGUACAGGGAUGAUCACAGCUCUAGAGAUCGAAUUAGUGAUUCUGAGAAGCGUUUGAGGGAUGAAAAUAAUGCUUCUGAUCAUCACUAUAGGAAGUCGAGCAACCGUGAUGGAAGUCCUACUUACGAUGAGCGAGGUUCUAGAUACAAGGAUGACAGGGGAAAUAGAAAGGCAACUGAUAAAGAGGACCAUAAUGAUAUUAGGUCUCAAAGUACGAAAGAGCAACAGUUUGAUGCUGAGAAAAGAUCUGGAAGCAAUAAGGUUGACUUAAUUACAGAUAGAGGAAGAUCUAAUUUUCGAAAUGCUGAUGCAGAUGUAACAUUAAAUCACAGCCGUCGAAGAAGUUCUCCUAGUUCUAGCACUCAUGGUGCUAGAGAUCACUACAGGGUUUCAAAGCUAGAAGAAUCCAAGUACAGAGACUAUGGUUAUGACGAUAGAACGCGACAGAAUGGAAGCUCUGGAAGAGAGUUCAAUGGCGCUAAACAGAAUGAGAAGUUGCUUUCAUCUCGGUUAAUGGAAAAAUCCAUUCAGAAGGAUGAUAGCCAAUUUAAUGAAUCAUCAGUGGCUGAUAGGCGCUUGAGAUCAGAUGCCCGAGCUUCACCCUUGCGCAUGGUGGACAAAUCGCCAUCAUCAACAAGUAAUGAUAGGAGACAUCUGAAUAGAACUGAUGUUAGGCGGUCUAUUGAGAAAGAAGAAUCUGGUCAAAGAAGUGGUGGUUCACGGGACUAUACUGGAAGAGAAGGAAAAGGAGGACGAGAGUUGCCUAUGCACACUCAUGCUGUUGAUGAGUACUCCCAAGCAGAUGGAGAUAAAUCAUCUGCUUCUUCCCCUUUCACCAGAAACUUCUCUGGCAAUUCUAGGUCCAUUUUACCUCCUCCUCCGUUCAGGACAGGUGUAGACAGUCCUUCAGGUUUUGGCCCCGGAGAAGAUGAUAAUAGAGGGAGGUUUAACAACCGUCAUAGGAGAGGUGGUGAUUCUAACAUGGGAAGAUCCCAAGGAAAUGCUUGGAAAGGUAUCCCAAACUGGCCUUCCCCAGUGACAAAUGGUUACAUGCCUUUUCCACAUGGUCCACCUCCUGUAGGUUUUCAUGCCGUAAUGCAACAGUUUCCUUCUCCACCUAUAUUUGGUGUUAGACCUACAAUGGAUAUGAACCACAGCCUUCCUUACCACAUGUCAGAUGCUGAUCGAUUCCCUGGUCAUGGGCGUCAACUUGGUUGGCGGAACUCUGUAGAUGACUCUGCUCCCUCUGUACACGGAUGGGAUGCAAAUAACUCAGUCUUUGGUGACGACAACCGUGGUUAUGGGAGAGUGGAUUGGGACCAAAACAGGACCCAAAUGGGCAAUCGAGGAUGGGAUACAAGCGGAGACAUGUGGAAAGGGUCAAAUAGUGGGUUGAACACAGAAUUGACAUCUGCUCCUCAGAAAGAAGAUUUGAAACAUUCAGCAGUUGAUGAUGUUUUGGCUGGACAGCAAGCACAGAUUGAACAAAAUCAGCCAAAUGGUAAAGCUGAUAGCCUUGAUGUACAGUCUAUUGAUGCUCUUCCUAAUGUAACUUUGAACCCUUCUGAGAAACCUCCUUUAAAAAGUCGCGAGAAUUCGAAGAUGUCAACGAAGGAUGAUGUUUAUGAUCACAAUGUUUAUCUGUCCAGGCUUGACAUUUCAACAGAUCUUACGAAACCGGAGUUGUAUGACCAGUUAACUAGCUUAAUGGACUUCGACAGUAACACACUUGCAUUCGAAGAUGAUGUCAAGAUAUUAUAUGUUGAGGAUGGUUUAGAAGCCAAAGUUUCUGAUCAAAUUAUGAGUUCUGCAAUGAAUAAUACUGUUUUUCAGAAAGCAAUGUCUCUAUAUGAGAAGCAGAAAGGAGAAACAGAAGCUGCAAAGGGAGAGAGGGCACAAACUCCCAGUUCGGAGUACCUCAAGAUACAGGGUUUAUAUAAUGAGAAAGCUGCUCUGACUGAUGGUAAUUCGAGAGCUCUUGUUCCAUUUUGUGUUGAGCAAGGAAGAGAAGAUGCAGUUUCAGAUCAUAAAGAGCAGGACUUGCCAAGGGAUGCGGAGGAAUCUCAACCUGCUUGCAAAAAGUUGGAUGAGACAUUUCUUACUGACAAUAUGGUGGGAUCAGAGGGAGAGGUUAGAAUGGGGAACGUAACAGAAAUGGAGGUGGAUCCAGGUUCCAGGCAGGAGAAUGUGUCCACCCCCCUGCUAAAUGUAGAACCAUCCAGUCCUCUUCUCCCUUCUAAUCUUGAAGAAAUGCCACCAGGCAGUCCUGUAGUCAGUCAUUCUGCUGAUGAUGAGCACAGGUUGACUGAAACUAAGUGUGCUACUAUGCUUUUGUCUGAUGUGUCUGCUGAGGCAAUGAUGCCAGAGUCGGUUGAGUCUGGGUCAGUAUAUUUAAGUCGGAUACAUCAUUCUCCUGAAAGUACACAUUGAGACAAUUUUAUUUUUCCUUGAGCUUUUUAAUGUCCCAUUCCGUAGUUAAAUCAUCUGCUCUAUGGUAUGGUAUCAUCUGUGCCUUGUUCAGUUAAUAAAACUAUCAAGCUCUUUUUUCA